AUGAUCGUGGGUCCGCUCCAGUACAUGGUGCAGGUGAAGCACGACCACUCCAUCGUGGCCUCGUGGAAAUAUCUUCAUAAGUGGAUCUCCUAUAUGUCAGCGGGUGGAGGCAUUUGCGAAUAUCCACAUAAAGAUUUGUACACGAUUAAAGGGAACGCCCAUGGGAUGCCAUGCAUGUUUCCAUUCCUGUAUCAUCGGCGGUGGCAUCAUGAGUGCACGCGGGAAGGCCGGGAUGAUGACUUGCUGUGGUGUGCCACCACAAGUCACUAUGAACGAGACGAGAAGUGGGGAUUCUGCCCCGAUCCCAAGCGCCUGAACAGUGAGGCCGUGGAAGUGUGGAUGGGUCUGAACCAGCUGGAUGACAACGCCGGCUGGCAGUGGUCAGAUGGAACGCCCCUCCGCUAUCUCAACUGGAGCCCAGACAUAAACUUUGAGCCAUUUGUUGAAUAUCACUGUGGGACAUUUAAUUCAUUCAUGCCUAAUGCCUGGAAGAGUCGGGACUGUGAGUCUGCCUUGCCUUAUAUCUGUAAAAAAUACUUAAAUCACACUGGUCAUGAAGUUUUUGGAGAAGAGGAGGCUUGGAAAUAUUAUGCUACACUCUGUGAGCCGGGUUGGCAUUCCUAUCAUCAUAACUGCUACAAGCUUCAGAAAGAAGAGAAGACCUGGAAUGAGGCUCUGCGUUCUUGUCAGUCAGAAAACAGCACGUUAAUAAGCAUUGCUUCACUGGCAGAGCUGGAAUAUCUUGUAGCUUUCCUUAGCAAUGAAAGUGCAUCAGAAACAUGGAUUGGUUUGAGCAGCAAAAGAAUUCCAGUGUCCUUUGAAUGGUCUAAUGGCUCCUCAGUCACCUUUACUAAUUGGCACACACUUGAGCCCCAAAUUUUACCAAACAGAAGCCAACUAUGUGUCUCAGCAGAACACUCUGAGGGCCACUGGAAAGUGAAAGAUUGUGAAGAAAUGCUCCUUUCCAUCUGUAAAAAACCGGGCCGCGUCCUUUCUGACGCCGAAUCCGGCUGUCAGAAGGGGUGGGAGCGCCACGGUGGAUUCUGUUACAAAGUUGACACAGUCCUCCGAAGUUUUGACCACGCGUCCAGUGGGUAUUACUGCCCUCCUGCCCUCCUGACCAUUGCCAACAGGUUUGAACAAGCUUUUAUUACCAGUCUGAUCGGCAGUGUGGUAAAAACGAAGGACGGUUAUUUUUGGAUCGCGCUUCAAGACCAAAAUGAUACGGGAGAAUACACUUGGAAGGCCGCGGGGGAGAAGCCUGAGCCGGUGCGGUUCACAUACUGGAACACCCAUCAGCCGCGCUACAGUGGCGGCUGUGUUGUCAUGCGAGGCCGGAGCCCCCCUGGUCGCUGGGAAGUAAAGGACUGCAAACACUUCAAGGCAAUGUCCCUCUGCAAGCAGCCAGUUGAAUCUCGGGACAAAAAUGAGCAUGAGGAGAGUUGGCCCUUCCACCCCUGCUAUCUGGGCUGGGAGUCCGAGCCUGGGCUGGCCAGUUGCUUCAAGGUAUUUCAUAGUGAAAAGGUCCUGAUGAAAAGAACGUGGAGAGAAGCAGAAACAUUUUGUGAAGAAUUUGGAGCUCACCUUGCAAGCUUUGGCCACAUCGAGGAAGAGAAUUUUGUGAACGAGCUCUUACAUUCAAAGUUUAAUAGGACAGAAGAAAGACAGUUCUGGAUUGGAUUGAAUAAAAGAAACACCCUGAAUGCUGGCUCUUGGGAGUGGUCUGACGGAACUCCUGUUGUUUCUUCAUUUUUAGACAAUACUUAUUUUGGAGAAGAUGCAAGAAACUGCGCUGUGUACAAGGCAAACAAAACGCUGCUGCCCUUGCACUGUGCUUCCAAACGGGAAUGGAUAUGCAAAAUUCCAAGAGAUGUGAAACCCAAGGUUCCACAGUGGUACAGGCACGACGAACCCUGGCUCUUUCAUCAGGACACCGAGUACCUUUUCCAUCCCUACGCCUCAGAAUGGGCCUCCUUUGAGUUCGUCUGUGGCUGGCUACGCGGUGACCUGCUCACAGUUCACUCUGCACAGGAGCAAGCAUUUAUCCACAGCAGAAUUAAAGCGCUCUCAAAGCACGGUGUAAACUGGUGGAUUGGACUGCGAGCAGAAGGAGCCAAUGAUGAAUUUCGCUGGAGAGAUGGAUCCCCGUUAAUAUACCAGAAUUGGGACCAAGAAAGAGAAAGAUAUGUGACUAAUCAGAGUCGGAGAUGUGGCUUCAUUUCAUCCGUAACAGGGCUCUGGAAUAGUGAAGAAUGUUCCGUUUCUAUGCCAAGUAUUUGUAAGCGAAAGAAGUUUGGGGUCAUAGAGAAAGAGAAAGAUACACCAAAACAGCAUGGAGGGUGUCCGAAAGGCUGGCUCUAUUUUAACUACAAGUGCCUUUUGUUGAAAACCCCCAAAGACCCAAGCCAUCAGACGAACUGGACAACGGCUCAAAAGUUCUGUGUUGAAGAGGGGGGCACACUGGUCUCCAUCGAAAGCGAGGUGGAGCAAGCUUUCAUUACUAUGAAUCUUUUUGGCGCGACCACCAAUAUGUGGAUAGGGCUGCAGAAUGAUGAUUAUGAAAAAUGGCAAAGUGGAAAGCCUGUAGUGUACUCCAACUGGUCUCCAUUUGUGGUAACAAAUACUCCACAUCAUAACACCACCGGAGUUCCAAACAACGUUCCUCUCUGUGCCUUGCUGUCAAGUAAUCCUAAUUUUAAUUUCACUGGAAAAUGGUAUUUUGAAGACUGUGGAAAAGAAUGUUAUGGGUUUGUUUGUGAAAAAAUUCAGGAUCCUUCUGGGCACAGUGUAAAUAGGUCUGAUAUGUACCCCAUUCCCAGUACGUUAGACUAUGGAAACCGCACUUACAAAAUAAUUCAUGCAAAUAUGACCUGGCACACAGCGAUGAAAACCUGCCUGCUGCACGGAGCAGAACUGGUCAGCAUUACUGACCAGUAUCAUCAGUCCUUCCUCACAGUUAUCCUCAACCGGCUGGGACGUGCCCACUGGAUCGGACUGUACACCGCAGAUGACGGUCUCCACUUUGACUGGUCUGACGGCGCCAAGUCCUCUUUCACGCACUGGAAAGAUGAGGAGUCGGCCUUCCUUGGCGACUGUGUUUUUGCCGACACCAGUGGACGCUGGAGCAGCACCGCCUGCGGGUCACUUCUGCAAGGGGCCAUUUGCCACGUGCCCACGGAGACGAGGCCAUUGGAACACCCAGCGGUGUGCUCAGAAACAUCUAUUCCCUGGACAAAAUUUAAAAGCAAUUGCUACAGUUUUUCCACCGUUCUAAACAGUAUGAGUUUUGAGGCGGCUCAUGAAUUUUGCAGAAAGGAAGGGGCUAAUCUUUUAACCAUCAAAGAGGAGGCUGAAAACGCAUUUCUCCUAGAAGAGCUCUUUGCUUUGGGCUCUUCUGUCCAGAUGGUCUGGCUGAAUGCUCAGUUCGAUGCUCACAAUGAAACCACGAAGUGGUUUGAUGGGACUCCCACAGACCAGUCCAACUGGGGAGAUUGGGAGCCAGAGACGGACCUCUUCAAACCCCAUCUGUGUGUUGCCCUGAAGAUCCCAGAAGGCCUGUGGCAGUUGUCCCCCUGUCAAGAAAAGAAUGGAUUUAUAUGCAAAAUGGAGGCAGAUGCCCACGUUCUAACAGAGCAUCCGAAAGAAGGACCAAGUCACAGCGCCGUGCCUCUGGCCGUCACACUCACACUGUUAGCCCUUCUGGCCAUUUCCACCAUUGCCGUCUACGUCUACAGGCAGAACAGUGGUUUCUUCAGGAGGCUUACAGCGUUCCGGAAUCCCUACUAUCCAACAAGCAACUUUAGUACGGUGCAUUUAGAAGAGAAUAUUCUCAUUUCUGAUCUUGACAAGAAUGAUCAGCUUUAGUAAAAGGGACCUCCAGGGGAAUCUUCUCCGUGUUUCUCUCCGCAGGCCCAGUGCUGUUACCAUGCAAAUUGUGUCACUAUUUUCAAUGACGCCGGGCGUGAUUUACUGGUUUUGAACUGUGACCAAAUUAGCCGAGUUUAGCCAUGCUGGCUUCCCCAAGAUGCAGCCUGUUCCUAAGAAGGAAACUCCAUGGUUAUUCAGAAAGAUAAACACUAAGAAGCAGCGCCCUAUACCAGAACUCUCAAACCACUGUGAAUAAUAGUUUGGGCAGUCAUACGUUUCGACUAAAAUGUGUUUGGGAAUUUUAAAACCGAUCUUGUCCUUUUGAGACACUUCCUUACACUCGUGCCUUUAAAAGUGAAAGAGGAAGCAGACGAAUCUGAAAGACCCACACUUGGACAUGAGAGGAAAACCAGCCACCGACAGGCUUCUGGUCUUGUUUUUGCUUCACUUCUCGCACCAUUAAUAGGUAGGGGAAAUACUGAUUUCUAAGUUCAAGACUCAUAGGUUUGGGGCUGUAAAGUACUAUUUAGGGUGACAUCAAGUCAAUUAAGCCUGACUUCUAGAGAAGCGAGCAAAGGGGGUGGGUGGGGAAUCACCUUUCUUUAAAUAGUAAAGUUAGUGAGCCACUUUCAUCAGCAGUAUUUGGAGCGAAUUAAAAUGUGGCUUAAAACCUUCAUACUUGUCUUUCUCUCACUAAGCUUUUAAAUAAGAUUAAGUCCUUUAAAACGUAAAAUAACUUAUGCAGAUUACAUCAUAAGAUAGAAGGUGGUGGGGCACAGAGCUUGCUUUUUGAUGGCAUGAAGAAACACCGCUGCCAUCACCGGCUGCCAUCACGUGGACUGCCCUCUUAGGGCCUCCAGAUGCUGUUUCUGAGGCUGUCAGUCCUGAUGGGAGCCUACAGUCUCACAUUUUCUCUCAAGCAGGGACUGAGAGUUAGGACUCCAACACGUACCCAACACCACCACUGGCCCCUUUGCUAUAUGUACCUAUAUGAAUGUUUGAUAAUGUGAUUGAUGAAACUUUGAAUCCUAUCUACUCCACAAGUCUAAAUGAUUGCUGAAUAUUUUAAUGACUAA